AAGUCAGCAUGGACAUGAAUUUGUCAGCGCGUUGUGCUUUGGUUCUUUUUCUGUUGGCAUUUGUAGAUUUGAAAAUAGUCUCUGCUGCAGAACCGGGAGGCACAUCUACAGAAAAGCCUGGAGUGUGCCCUACACCAUCGGGCCCGGGGCUUUGUGUAGAGUCAUGUUCCCAUGACAGGGACUGCCCCAAUGAUAAAAAAUGCUGCUCCAAUGGAUGUGGGCAUGUCUGCAUUGCACCGUACACAGCAAAGCCUGGAGUGUGCCCUCGUAGACGAUGGGGUUCAGGGACGUGUGCAGAGUUAUGUUCCCAUGACAGUGACUGCCCCAAUGAUGAAAAAUGCUGCUACAAUGGAUGUGGGCAUGACUGCAUUGCACCGUACACAGCAAAGCCUGGAGUGUGCCCUCGUAGACGAUGGGGUUCAGGGACGUGUGCAGAGUUCUGUUCCAAUGACAGUGACUGCCCCAAUGAUGAAAAAUGCUGCCACAAUGGAUGUGGGCAUAACUGCAUUGCACCGACACAGUGAAGCCCGGUCGCUGUGUCCUGCCCAACGGGACCUACAUGUGUGCCGAGUACUGUUACAAAGAUGGCCAGUGCCCCGAGGAACAGAUGUGUUUCUGGAUAUGUUGAUUCUAUGCCUGCAGUGAGCCAUUGAAGCUUUAUUGGAAAUUCUUAUUAGUUUUAAGAAAUAAGUAGAAAAUACAAAUCAUUACAUGUACAAUUAUGUCUAUGAAAACUGAUGAUUUUAUGCAAUAAUAAAUAUGAAAAAUGAUCAUAGCUUUUAUGGAAACUGGACAAUUUUCAUGGGCAGUAUGUGAAUUGACAAACUCAA